UGGUUUCGUGGCUCUGUCCCUCAAAACCGCCCGUCGUCCCGUCACAUUAUCGCCAUGGGAUUCGACGCGCAGGCUCAAGCCAUUCCCUUAUCCCGUCGCCCAUAAUCAAAAUAUAGAAAAAUGUCGAAACUUUCUCCGUCGCUAAAAGCCCUCAUCAACGCGUCAUUUUCUCGUCCCGGUCCCCGCCCCGCGCCGAGGCACAUUGCCGACGUUUACCAAUCCAUUGCUCGCGAUGCCUCUCAGAAAAAUCUUGGAGUGCGCUCCUGGCUAGUAAUUGCUGCCGCCGCAACCUUCACGCUCAAUUCCCCCGACUCAUUACCGGCGCUCCACCGCGUCGCAUCGGCCGCACACGGGGCCAAAGGCGGUGACGUCCGCACCGCCGAGUUUAUCCGCGAGAUCGGUCUCAAAUGCAUCAGCUUCAACGGCAUCCCGCGCACAAUCAACUGCCUAAACGCCUUCCACGCCUCUCUCAGCCCAGACGUCGCCUCGGCGCUCUCUACAUCGCCGAGCCGAACCCCAACAGCCCAGAACCUGGGCGACAUCACCUCUCGGGGCCGCUCGCUCUGGGACUCCAUCUACGCGCCCUUCGAGACCAAGCUGUACGAGAAGCUGGCGCAGUCUCACCCGGACCUGCCCGUGCACAUCCUGAACAGCCACUACGGCCCGCUGCUGGCCGACCCGCCCGCCGCGGAGCGGGGUUCGCUGGCCGGCAUCGGGAGGGUGCUGACCUCGGUGGUGGCCAUCUCGUGCCUGCGGGCGCAGACCGGUGUUGGUCCGCAGGUGCUCUCGCACGUCUUUGGGCUGAGGAAGGCCGUCGAGGAUGGCACCUAUCGCGGCGACAGGGAGGUCGAGGACGUCAAGGCGGCCGAGUGGUUGGCCACUGAUAGCGGGAGCGAGUGGAUCUUGAACACGGUCGACCGGGUUGUUGAGGCCAUUGGCGGAAGCAGCUUCGCGCCUGGUAGAGUUGAGUCGAAGCUCUAAGACCGUUCUGGUCACCGUUACCAUUUUUAAGCAUUUAACCCCGCAUGAACGGUCACAACAAAGAGUCUGAAUCCAAUACGCAGGACAUGG